ACAAGAAGACAAUGAUGGAACCAUUCCCGGAGGGCAUUGAGUCAGAGGAGAUGCAAGGAUAGUAGGCAAAUGUUUGACCAUCAAAUUUUAAAAUGUGUCAUGAUUUGAUUAUUAUGCUUCCAAAAUUAGCUAAGGGUAAGGCAACCUACUCACCUUCUCAUAUGGUUACUAGAAGUAGAGCUAAGAUGAUAGCAGCAGGAAGGAAAGAGCACCCCAUUAAGGGAGUUGACACAUCUGAUGAGGAAAGAGAAUCUUUCGUAGAAGGCAUCCGCUCCGCUUUCAAGAGGAGCUGUCCGUCAAUCAAAACGACGGAUAUCCAAACCUGCACUCCAACCCCGAAAUGCCAACGUACUGAAGGUAAUCGCAAAUUUCAUCUGUCUCUUGACGCUAAUUCUUCUGGUUUUUACAUUCAUCUUCAAGAAUUGCGAAUUGAUGGCUAUACUACUAUUUUUAUUCCUGAGGGUUUCAACAAAACUGGUAUAAGGCUUUUUGUUACUAAAUUGAGGCAAAUUGGUUCUUCCAUUGCGGUUUCUGGUAAUUCUGAUCUUGCUAUUUGCUGCCACAACUGGAAUUCGAUUUGUGUUAAGAUAGAUAAUUCACAACCAUCGAUUUCAAAGGCUUUGUUUGAUGUGGAGAUCCAGGAUAGUUUAGUUUCGAACAAUGUUGAUGACUGCAAGACCUUUGAAUCUGGAAAUCAAAAUGGUCUUCCAAAAUCUGAUUUGGUUCAUUCCUUAAUUGUGCCUGAUAGUAUGGCAGUGGUUGGAUUCUCUGCACCCAUUACACCCGAACCUCAGAAGGCAGCAUACAUUGCUUCAAAGAAAACAGAUUCCGUUUCGAAGUUACAGACGGAGGAUAAGGCAGUAACCUUGGGUGAGGUUGUAAGGCGAACUGUUAUAGAGACGGAUUCUCCAGAAUACAAGGCUAAUUUGGCUAAAUUCACGAGGCUUGCAAAGGAAUACUCGAAACCAAAGCUUAUAAACCUUGGAGAACUCUCUGGAAGUACUAAGAAAGAGUCUGCUACUUGUUACAAGUGGAGAUCGGCUGUUCUCUUCAUUCCCAGUUGGAAGGUCCUUGGAUGGCUUGGUACUAAUGUUCUGCUUCGCCGAGCUACUGCUAUAGAAAGAUUGAAGAUGGCAAACAACAACACAAACAACCUCGCCCUGCGUUCCAUUCUGGAUAAAGAUAAAUUGAACGGAACAAACUUUGUUGACUGGAAACGCAAUCUCACCAUUGUUCUCCGCAUGGAUGAGAAAGAGUAUGUGCUCGAAAAGCCCAUUCCUCCUGCCCCUCCUGCUAACGCCCCGAAAGCGGUCAAAGAUGCCUACGAGAAACAUGUUAAGGAUGACAACCAGGUUAGCUGUGUCAUGCUGGCUACCAUGAUAACCGAGCUGCAAAAACAGCACGAGGACAUGAAGGCCCACGAUAUGAUCGUGGCCUUGCGGCAGCUAUACCAGGGGCAAUCCAGGCAUGAACGUUUUCUCGUGAGUAAGGCUCUCUUUAGUUGCAAGCUCUCUUCAGGGAACCCGGUCGGUCCGCACGUUCUCAAAAUGAUUGGUUACAUAACCAAUCUAGAGAAACUCGGGUUCUCCUUGCAGAAGGAGCUGGCAAAGGACCUGAUCCUGCAGUCGCUCCCUGAGCUGUAUAAGGGUUUUGUCAUGAACUACAUGAUGCAUGAUCUUGACAAACCCCUUCCGGAGCUUCUUAAAAUUCUCCAGACUGCAGAGGAGAACCUUACUAAGGGCAAGGGUGCUUCCGUCCUUAUGGUCCAAGGCGGAAAGGGGAAGCCGAAGAAGGGGAUUAAGAUUAAGGCUAGGACGGUCGGAAAGCCUAAAUCGAAGUCCACUUCAUCUGCAACCCAGAAACCCGUAGGAGGAGUUGCAAAGGGCAAAUGUCAUCACUGUGGUAAGGCAGGCCACUGGAGGAGAAAUUGCAAGACAUACCUCGCAACCAAGAAGAAGGAAGGUACGACCAUUUCUUCUGAGGUGUAUGUUAUAGAAGUUAACAUGUCUAUAUCUUCAUCAUGGGUACUAGAUACUGGAUGUGGGUCUCAUAUCUGUACUACCAUGCAGGGACUGAAGCAGAGUAGACGGUUAGCUCGAGGCGAGAUUGAACUCCGAGUCAGCAAUGGUGCACCUGUUGCAGCUUUGGCAAUCGGAACUUAUAGUUUAGUCUUGCCUAGUGGUCUUAUGUUGGAAUUAAACGACUGUUUGUACGUUCCUGCAAUUAGCAGAAACAUUAUUUCUGUUUCAUGUCUUGAUAAGAGUGGUUUCAUCAUUUCUAUUAAAGACAAGUCCCUUUCCAUUUACAGAAAGAAUGUUUUCUAUGCUAAUGCCAACAUGACCAAUGGGUUAUAUGUCCUUGACUUGGACAUGCCUGUCUAUAACAUAUCAGCCAAGAGGAACAAACCAAACGGUUUGAACCAAACAUACCUAUGGCAUUGUAGGACUAAGGAUGCCUUCCUGGUAUAUGGCGGAAAAGAAGAGCUCAGUAUUGUUGGAUAUACUGAUGCCAGCUUCCAGACUGAUAGAGACGACUUCAAGUCGCACGCAGGGUUUUUCAAAGCAUGUUGGGAUUUUGUUAAGAGGGAUGUCACCUCAGCUUGCCAAGAGGUCUUUUUGGGCAUUCCUCUUCCUCCUGCAGCUGCCAGUUCCAAUAUCUGCCUUUUGCCUAAAUUGGAGAAUGCUCAAAGACUCAAUGAUUUCAGGCCUAUUUGCCUUUCUACAGUGGCUUCUAAAAUUGCUUCCAAAUGCAUCUCCAAGAGGCUGGGUACCCUCCUGCCCCUAAUUAUUUUAGAAGAGCAGGGUGCCUAUGUGCCUGGUAGGGAAAUUCUAGAUCAAAUUUUACUUACCAAGGAGAUGGGUCAUCACAUCAACAGAAAAGCCAAUGGAGGUAAUCUUAUCAUCAAGCUUGAUAUGGCUAAAGCUUUUGAUAAACUGAAAUGGUCGUAUUUGUUUGACAUUCUCCAACAGUUUGGCUUCUGUGCACAGUUCAUUAACAUGGAUACUAUUUUGGAAGAAGAUGGCACUGACCAUGGAGAUGUGGGAAAGGAUGGCACUUCCAGACAUGAUGACAAUGAUCAGUUGUCUGAAACACAGUUCAGUGAUCAGUUCUUUGAACAAAUGGACAAAGAAGUGAAUGCUAUUUUGAAAGGCACAAUUGAAGGAAAUUUAAUGGAUUUGUGUGAUGUCUACAUUAAUCAUCCUACUGGACCAAUGGGAGACAACAAGCUUGAUUUGAAGGCUGCAGAUUUUUGCCCACAACAGACUGAUGCUGGGAAUUGUGGUAUGUUUGUGCUUAAAAUUGCAGAGUACCUCAUGAUGGAUAUGGACAUUAGGGACAUCCGUACAGAUCAGAUGGCAGCAUAUAGGAUGAAGAUGGCUACAUAGCUAGUUCGAUUUGCAGAGUCAAAUAUGGCUGCAAAGGAGUGACUAUAACACAUAUUGAUGUUAUUAUCUGUUUUGUGUAUUGAGCUGGUUGAAAGCUCUAUUGCUAUUUUUGCUUUGUAUGAUGAAACCUUUGGUGUAUGACAACAAUGCAUAUGGUCAGUGAUGGUCAUUGGCAUAUUGCAUUGUGACUUAGUUUCAUUCUGUACUAGAAUUCUGUGUUUGGGUACAUGUGCCUUUGUUGUGUUUUGAAGUAAUGUGAAAGUGAAACUGUUGAAAUUGUGUUGUGUUAAACGUGUUUUUUAAAUCAAUUUUAGUGAAAUAA